AUGUCGACGUUCGACGGCUGCGUCUCAGAGUUUCCGGACAUAAGAAUCGAUUUCUUCCGCGCCCAUGCGGGCACGCCUCCUCCGCUGGCCUGCUUUCUUAGCCAUGUCCAUAGCGACCAUCUCGCCGGGCUAGAGAGCCUUCGAUCGCCUUUUGUCUAUUGUUCGGGAGGUACGAGGGAGAUACUGCUUCGCCUAGAGAGGUACCCCUGCCGGAUCAACUAUGCCCAGGGCAUAUUGGAGACCCGACAGCAGACGUACAAACACCUCAGCAAGGUUCUGAAGCCGUUGCCUUUAGAGACGUCAACCGUCAUCGAGCUGCAGCCUGGUCAUCGCAUACGGGUCACCCUGUUCGAUGCGAACCACUGUCCGGGAUCCGUCAUGUUCUUGAUUGAGGGAGACGGAAAAGCUGUUCUGUAUACCGGUGACGUGCGAUGCGAGCCAUGGUUCGUCAAUUCUCUCGCCAGGAAUCCCCUCGUUCUCGAGUACGCCUCCGGCAUCAAAACUUUGGACAAGAUUUACCUCGACACUUCUUUUACCUCGGAUGUGGUAUUCCAAACGAAAUCGCAAGGGAUUGAAGAACUGUUGCGAAAAAUUGCCAAGUAUCCGACAGACACGGUCUUCCACUUCCAAGCCUGGACGUAUGGGUACGAGGACGUCUGGGUCGCUCUCUCGAAAGCGCUCGAUUCCCCUAUCCAUGUCGACGACUACAAGAUGCGGGUAUAUGGGUCUCUCAGGUCCCGACUGCCGGACAAGCAUUCUACCGUGGACCUUCAUCUCACUUCCUCGGCCCCGUCUUUGGUCGGACACAUGUGCGGCAACACCGUUGUCCCAGGAUGCCUCACGACCGAGACCAACGUUCGUCUGCACAGCUGCGAAAAAGGCAACAUGUGCUCUCCCGCACGAGAUCCGGCCGUUGUCAGCAUCCGACCAGUGAUUGCCCAUCUGCCGGAUGGCAGUGACCUCACCGAAGCCGGCAUCGGGGGUGGUGGCGAGGAUUUAGAGCGCGAGGCGGAGUUGGCUUUUCCAUUCCAGGAGGAUCUCGGCGCUCUCAUCGAACUGAUCAGAGCAUCCGAGGAACUCUCCGAAGAGAAUCGCGGCAUGAUCGUGAGCGCUCUAACAAAUGUUUUCACGAGCGGGCAUAACAUGCCUCUCAAGCUGGAUAUUGCUAUGAGCGAUGGCGAACCUGCAAGCCUUCAGCCAAUCGUUCGAGCUCUCUCUCGACUGUCGGGGCCACGGUCGCCCCGAAACAUCCCCAAGCCUCAAUUAUCGGAUGGGCUACCGAAGACGAUCUACUUUCCCUACUCGAGGCACUCUUCGUAUCCCGAGCUGUGUCAAUUAGUAGCACAGUUUCGGCCCAAAGAUGUAUGGCCUUGUACUGUUGACCGAAAGCAAUGGAUGGCCGACGGGAUUUCGAUUGCGUCCCUAUUCGGCAGGUUUUGCUCUGGAAGCAAAUUUGAACACGACUCUCAGAUGGCGCUCUGGCCGCGUGCGAAGAUGUCGGUACGGGAGUCGGAGGCUCUUGAAACUCAACUGCCGGAUCCUGCCGACACGCAGCCGCGCUCGGAGUCUGAUUUGGCCCCCGGCAUAGCGUUUUCUGAGGCCGCAUCCAGCCCGAUUCGGCAACCGACACAAAGGGAGUGCCCAGUACCGGAUCGAAUGGUCAGCUUGUUGCCCGACACGCAGUGCUUUGGCGGUAACCAGCCUUCCAGCCCUGACGUACAGUUUGUGGAGGCAAUACCUCGCCAGGGGAGCGAAAGCCACUGCUCAGCUGAGAUACAGGCAUCAAUGCACGAACCACAUCUAGCAUCACAUAAGCGCAAGCGUGAGGAUGAGGCUGCGGACAAUUACGCCGACGAGGCUUCCGACUCUCAGCGGACGCAGGCCUCCUGGGCAUCUGCGAUUUCCGCCAGCCACUCGCUCGCUCGGCGUGAGGCGUACGAACGAAUGCUCGAAAACGCCGAUGGCGGGAACUGGAAGUCAAUUACGCUGCUUUCAACAGACGGACACCAUACCAUUGAGGAUCAGGAACUUUAA